CAAACCCGCCGCGCCGCCGCCAUCCAUUGCUCGGGCACGCCGGCGACGCCACCGCAUCAUCACACUCUACUUCUUCCUUCCGCGAACCUUCGUCACACGCACCCCUGUCUUUGCGCUCUUUGGCCACCUGGUACCGCGCGUUAGCAGCCAGUCUAGAUGCGCUAGCCAUCUCCACAUCCAGCUGUCCCAAGCUACGACGGCUGCACACUCCACCAUACAGCACCUGCUCGCUUCUGCGCAUUUUUGGGCCGUCAUGCGAAGGAGCUUGCGCGCCCUGCUGCUGUCUCCUCUCCAUUCAUGAACAACCCCAGAUCCAUCUUCACCGGACGACUAGACCCCUCUGACCCCCCGCGCAAUCUAGAAACCAGACGCCUCACGACUCCAGAGUACCGAGCCACACUUAGCACUCAGCCCGCCGACCCACCCAAGCCACCGGAAGCUACCGCCCACGAAGAAAACACUCUCUUUGCGCGUCCCAUAUGGCAUGCAAAGUUAGACUGUCAUAGUGAGCAGUCAUCUUCUCCCGCCGGAGCUGCCAAAUUGCUGCCUCUGCAUCGCAAGCCAUUCGUUCUCUCCUCGAAACCCGCCGAAAAACGUACCUUUCCCCAGACAAGCCCCCAGAGGGGCGAUAUCACCUCCGAACCGCUGCACAAAAGACGCAAGCUCCAGACCCGCUCGCGACAUACUCUAGACGCCUUCGACUUCCCCCGUACCUUCGACCGGAACGGCGCGCAACCCCCUUCGCCCCUCUUCUUCUCCAAUACAAAGCGAGCCCGUCCGCCUCUGCCAGCUCGUUUUUCGAGCUCGGAGGCCGCUGCGAGGAUGCUGAGCAAUGCGCGCGAGGACAGCGGCAUCAAAACCGUCACGCUGGCACGUGGCACAUAUUCUGGUUCCAGCCCCACCAGCGCGCCGGGCCGCGCAUCCUUCGAUCGGGCGAGUCUAUCACCCGUGUCUCCCGACCUUAGAGAAAAAGCCGAGCUGCCUCGCGCAUUGGGCCAGAUUGGAAUUGCGGAGUUGCUAGAACAGGAUUGGCGGCCGACUUUCAUUGUGGACCUGGGCGACGCCUCCAAUUACGGACCGGUAUACUUGAAUGUAGUCUUCGGAAAUUCAGCACUGCGGUCAAACGUCGGACUGCUCGAGCUCGUGUCCGGAACAAGCGUGAAUGAUGCCCAGGAUUCUGUGGCUCCCAGAGCCUUUGUCCAGUUCAAGACAUGGCUACUAGGCUCCGUGGUGCACGGCGAGUCAUUGGAUGUCUGUAUACCUCCGUAUCUCUAUGGGGGGCUUUCGUGGACCAUCGCCACCAUUCGAAAGCGAUAUCGAGUCAUUAGCGGUAAUGCCACGGCAGCCCAUACGCCGAGCUCCACAUCCCCAUCGACCACCACGUUAGUCGUGAAUCGAGACGACAGAGCGAGUACCAUGGAUUCAGUACACCCAGUGUUACCAAGCACAGAAGGAGAUACGGGCGAUUAUUUUGGAAAUGCGGCAGCUACCACGUCGGAUCCUGGCGCAUCACCACGGACAACGGGUCCUGUGUACGAACCCUCAACCCCCUCGGGACUAACAGGCUCUUCGCUACUUUCAACAAGAGCUGGGUUCACCGACCGGCUCUUGGGAGCUACGAUGACCCCCGGCCCUCUGGCUCAUCCAUCAAUAACAAACGAGUGCGUGCUCCGAGCAGCUGUUGCUGGUGAUGUUGAUGCCUUUUUCAGUAAUAAUGACGGGAGCAAUAGGAAAGAGAUCGGCUUCUUCGACUGGACCCGUUUGCCCAUCGACUCUGAUCUUCCGAAACACAUACAGUUUGCUCGAAGCAUCGACUGGGCAUCAACGCCUCUGGGACCCAUUGAGUUUUGGCCUUCUGAUUUAAGACAAAUGUGCAAUCUCAUCAUGGCAAGCCCGCAUCCAGCGGCCAUGUACUGGGGGGAUGACCUCGUGGCCAUUUAUAACGAAGCCUAUGUGCUUCUCGCCGGACAAAAGCAUCCACUGCUCAUGGGCCAAAGCUACAAAGAUGCAUGGGUGGAGAUCUGGGAGGAAGUCAAAGACGUGUUCGCUGAUGCAAAACGCACUGGUCAAGCCACCAUGAAGGAUGACGAUUGCCUGUUCAUCAAGAGAACCGACUACCUCGAGGAGACGUAUUUUUCGUGGUCGAUAAUACCUAUGAUUGGCAACGAUGGCACAGUAAUGGGCCUUUAUAAUCCAGCAUUCGAAAAGACUAGACGGAAGAUCGCUGAACGACGCAUGCUAACACUUCGCGAAGUUGGCGAGAGAACAGCUUCUGCGCGAGACAUCAGAUCUUUCUGGGAGCAGGUUCUUUCAGCCUUGGCCACCAACGAACAUGAUACCCCCUUCGCACUCGUCUACUCGGUUUCGGACGAUGCGGAUUCGGAUUCGUCAUCGAUGCAUUCAAGCAGCAUCCUAGGUACGAAGCAAUGCUUGCUCGAAGGGUCUUUGGGUGUGCCGCCCGGACAUCCUUGCGCUCCAGACCGUCUAGAACUGAAGACGAGCAUGGAAGGCUUCGGCCCGGUUUUACGCGAGGUCAUGAAGACCGACAGGCCAGUCUUAUUAGAGGUCGGCACCGGUGACCUUCCCCCGCAAAUCAUAGAAGGCAUUGGGGGUCGUGGCUUCGAUGACCCUGUCCGAUCGGUGAUCGUGUGCCCAAUCCACCCGACAACAGGCGAAUCCAUCCUCGGGUUUCUAGUCCUUGGCGUUAAUCCACGACGACCCUACGACGACGACUACAGCCUUUUUAUCCAGCUCCUCAGCAGACAAUUGGCAACAUCGUUAGCCUCCGUCGUAUUAUUUGAGGAAGAAAUACGGCGCGGGCAACGAGCAGCCAAACUCGCUGCUCUGGAUAGGAUGGAACUUUCAGAGCAACUUGCCGCGCGGACUCAAGAGGCAAGAGACAGCGAGACAAGAUUUACGCGGAUGGCGGAGUUCUCACCAGCAGGUCUGUUCAUCGCCAACUCUGAAGGCCAUAUAACGUACUGCAACGAUACCUGGUACGAAAUUUCGCGGGUAAACAAGGACACCAACAGCACGGACAAAUGGAUAGACGCAGUCAAGCCAGAGGACCAACAGAUGGUUGUUGCCCUGUGGAAUAAGUUGGUCGACCAUACGGAGCCGGCGACAGCGGAGUUCCGGUUCAAAGCACCGUGGGAAGACAAGAAUGGUAACCGGACCGACACUUGGGUUCUGUUCAGCGCUUAUCCCGAGAAAAACGACCACGGCACGCUCAAGAGCGUUUUUGGCACCAUCACAAACAUCAGCCAGCAGAAAUGGGCAGAGGGCUUCCAAAAACGAAAGAUGGAGGAAGCCGUCGAGUUGAAGAGGCAACAGGAAAACUUCAUCGAUAUCACAAGUCAUGAGAUGCGGAAUCCGCUCAGCGCUAUCUUGCAGUGUGCUGAUGAGAUUUCGUCAACGAUGAUUGAUUUCCGCAACACUGGCUCAAUGAUGAUAAACGAAGAGCUCAUAAACAACAGCAUCGAUGCUGCGCAGACCAUUGCUCUCUGCGCUCAACAUCAGAAGCGGAUUGUUGACGAUAUUCUUACACUUUCGAAGCUCGAUUCCGCUAUGUUGCUUGUUACGCCUGUCGAUGUACAGCCAUUGACCGUUGUGCAACGGGCCCUCAAAAUGUUCGAAGGCGAAUUGGCCACGGCUGAUAUCCACAUGGAGUUCCUGGUUGAUGAAUCAUUCAAGAAACUCAACGUGGAUUGGGUCCGAUUGGACCCGUCCCGUGUCAUGCAAGUCCUUAUCAACCUGACAACCAACGCCAUCAAGUUUACCACUACAGAAUCCAGACGGACUAUCCGGGUGACUAUAGCUGCCUCGACGGAAAAGCCGUCGAAGCUUCCCAACAGGCCUGUCAACUACUUUCCCACUCGGUCAAAGCGGGUAGACAUGACUCACGAUAACGAAUGGGGCGAUGGGGAGGAUAUUUUCGUGCAUUUUGCCGUCCAGGACACAGGCCGGGGUUUGAACGAGGAAGAAAAGAAGCUUCUUUUCCUUCGCUUCUCGCAAGCCUCGCCCCGAACACAUGUGCAGUAUGGUGGCUCCGGGCUGGGUCUCUUCAUCUCGCGUGAGCUUACCGAGCUGCAAGGUGGCGAGAUUGGCGUCGCAUCCGAAGCUGGUAAAGGCAGCACUUUUGCUUUUUACGUUAAGGCGAAGAGAAGCCACGCGCCUGAGGACCCUGUCGAGCAAUUGUCGAUUACACUUCCCAGGCAGCCCACCGAGGUCAAGGGUAAAAAGAAGGAUCAAGAAGCAGCCGUCAAGACGAAGGACUUUGCAACAGCCACGGCGGCAGAUCAACCAAGCUCACCGGCUACUUCGGCUAGCCAGAAGGCGAAGGACCGGGGGCGUAUCAAUGUGUUGGUGGUUGAAGACAAUCUCGUCAACCAGAAGGUUCUUCAGAAGCAGCUCAAGCACCAAGGCUACAACGUCCUCGUUGCCAACCACGGUGGGGAAUGUCUUGAAAAGCUACGCGACAGCACGCACUUCUCCAAGCCCAUAUCUGACAAUCCGGCCGAGCUAUCUGUCUUGCUUAUGGACCAGGAAAUGCCUGUCAUGGACGGCUUGGCGUGCACGCGUGAAAUUCGCGAGUGGGAAGCCGACGGCCGCAUCACACGCCAUUUGCCUAUCAUCGCCGUUACAGCCAACGCGCGUUCGGAGCAGAUUGCGCAGCUGCUGGCAGCCGGCAUGGACGAUGUCGUCAGCAAGCCCUUCCGGAUCCCAGAUCUCGUCCCCAAGAUCGAUGAGUUAGCGGCCAAAUACCUUGAUCCUGUUGAGGGUGCGAAGAACGUCGCUGCUAGAAUCAGCCAUAUGCCGGAUAGCACCACGGCCGUGGGCUCGCCGAGAUCGGAAAUGAAGAAGUGAUUGAGGAUAGAAUUUUGACUGUAAUAUACGUGAGAGCAUACAUUGGUAUUAUGGUGUUGGGUUCGGGCGCCUGCGGGCCUGGCGGAUGGUAUGGGAUGGGAUAAGAUGGAAGACAUGGGUAGCACGGAUGGCAUGGGUGGCAUGAGCUCUGUUUUUCAGCAUCACGGAUUUACGGUCAAAAGGAGCAGUUUCGGCGGGAUUGGGUCUGAAGGCUAGGUUUAAGAUGCUCAGGGUCCCUGCUGUGGAAGCGGGUACGAGCUGGUGGGUUUACUGCGCACGUAUUCUUAUUACUUUGCGUGCGGUUGCAUUAGCAUUUUCGAGUUUUAUCAUGCGGCGCAGGAUUGGGAACCUACAUGUAGAUAGGUCAACGACUCUGUGGAGAAGAGGAGUCAGUGUACAGAUAAGAGAGUAAUGGUCAGAGAAAGCGAACGCAAGGU